UUUCCAACGAGCUGGCGGGGGCGGAAGAUGGCGACGCCCCUCGGGUGGUCGCAAGGAGGGUCAGGGUCGGUCUGUCUCGCCUUCGACCAACUGCGGGACGUGAUUGAGUCUCAGGAGGAACUGAUCCACCAGCUGAGGAAUGUGAUGAUUCUCCAGGAUGAAAAUUUUGUCAGUAAAGAAGAGUUCCAGGAAGUGGAGAAAAAGCUGGAGGAAGAGAAAGCUGCCCACGCCAAGACCAAGACUCUCCUGGCCAAGGAAGAGGAGAAGUUGCAGUUUGCCCUCGGAGAGGUAGAGGUGCUAUCUAAGCAGCUGGAGAAAGAGAAGCUGGCCUUUGAAAAAGCGCUCUCCAGUGUGAAGAGCAGAGCCCUGCAGGAGUCCAGCAAGAAGGACCAGCUCAUUACCAAGUGCAAUGAAAUUGAAUCCCACAUAAUAAAGCAAGAAGAUAUACUUAAUGGCAAAGAGAAUGAGAUUAAGGAGUUGCAGCAAGUUAUCAACCAGCAGAAACAAAUCUUCAGGAAUCACAUGUCUGACUACCAGAUCCAGAAGCAGCAGGAGAACUACAUGGCCCAGGUACUGGACCAGAAGCAUAAGAAAGUCUCUGGGAUCCAUCAGGCCCGGAGCCAUCAGCGUCGCAGGGAAAAAUAAAAUUGUCGUCUCUUUUUUAUUCUUUGGCUGUAA